GGUGUGAGCCAGUCGAGCGGCUGGAGAGAAGAGCGAGAGCGGCUGAUCGGUGCGGCGGCGCAGGAUCAGCGGACCGGCGGCGUGAACAUGGCGGAGACCGUACGCUCGCUCUUCGACUACCGGGAGACGCACAGCCUGGACAGCGACGGAGAGGGCGUGAAGCCGGCGCCGCCACUGCGGGGGCGCGGCUGUGGAAGGAAAAGGAAAGGGACACCCGUCAAAGUCUUUGUUACACACACAGAGGAGGAGAGCGUGCCUGAACACAGCUUCAGCCCAGGUGAUCGUAAGGAAGCAGCAGAGAAUAAACGGACUGCAGUCGAUGCGUCUUUCUACAACGCAGAGACCGCUCCUCACAACUGCGGUCCAUCAGAGCAGACUCACGGCAAAGUCUCCUCCGGAUCCAAGUCCAGCUCCUGCUCGGCCUCGACACCGGCUCCAGCUCCCGCUGCUUCCUCGGCCCCGACCCCGACACCAGUCCCCGCCCCUGCCCCGGCCACGGCGACUUCAGCUCAGGCCCCGUCUCUGACCCCAGCAUCCACAGCUCCGGCUGUCCCAACGGCCUCUGCUCCAGCCCCGACGGCCAGCUCCUUCCCCCCCUCCCCGAACUGCCGCAUCCGAGAGGUCCACUGCGGCAGCCAGGUGCGGUUGGUCGUUAUCGCCAUCCGAGACAUCACCAAGGGGGAGGAGAUCACUGUGGACUACAGCCUGACGGAGUGGGGAGAGAACCUGGGUUUCCGUGGCACUGUGUCUCCAGCGCAACACGAGUGUAACUCUGACACAGAGAAUAACAACAAUAUCAAAAAGGAGGAUGAGCCUCUUCCUCUGACAGCCCAGCAGCGGCAGCAACAACAGCAGCAGCAGGAGUACGUCACCCCCUCAUGGUCCCUCUCUCCCUCCUCCUCCCCCAUCUCCCACUCCGACGCCAGCGAUUCAGACGCCGGAGACGAGGACAACGCCAGCCCCCGCGGGCGCGCGCUGCGCCGUCGCAAGAAACGUCGCGGCACCCCUUCAAAGAAAAAGACCCCCCAUCGGACCCCACCUGGGCGGCCACCACCGGUCUCCCCCGCCAGCAUUCCUCCACACAGCCGUCAGCUUCCUUCAUCCCACCCUCCGGCGCAGUCCUCUCCUCCCUGCUCGUCUUCCUCCUCCUCCUCCUCCUCUUCGGCUAAGCCCGUGUUCAAAGCUCCGGCUCCGCUGGGCUCCAACUCCACAAGCAACGUGAGCGUCCCCAGAGGUGGAGUGUCCAUAGACUCCAUGCGUCAAACCUGCGAGUACUGCGGCCGCCACUUCCGCUCCCUUGGUCGCCACUUAGACAAACACCACGCGCACCAACCGGAAGUGUGCUCCGCCCUGGUGGAGCGCUACACGCAGAUGCCCCGUCUGCACACACAGAACACAAACCCCACCGCAGCUCACGCACACGCCCCUCAGCACUCGAAGUCGUCACACAUCGCGGCACAGAGUCGCGGUUCAGAUCUUCCACAGAGUGGCGUCCAGGACCUCUCCAUGUCUCCGCCCACCCUCACAGCAGCCAGCCAAUCCCCCUCCUCCGCUGGAAGAAACUCCACCCCACCCGUGCUGACGCCUCCGCGAGGUCAGAACUCAGUGGCGGUGUCUGUCUUAAAGAGAAGCCCACCUCCUGUGUCUGUGACGCAGUCCAGGAAGGGAGCGACGAGGAAGCUGAAGAAGGAAAGACACGAGGAGGAGGAGGAUGAGGAGGAGGAUGACGAAGAAGAUGUGGAGGUCGUGGAGGUGAAGAGGCCCAAAGAGGAGGACGAUGUUGAGGUGGUGUGCCCUCAGUCCUUCAGCAGCAAGUUGGCCAAAGAGAUGGAGCCAAAGGAAGAGGACGAUGAGGAGGAGGACGAGGAAGAGGAUGAGGAGAAUGGAGUGAUGGAGGUGGACGAUGAAAGUGGGGCAGAAGAUAAGGAGAAGGACCUGCUGAGCGGUUCGGGGCGUCACCACUUGCUGCCCCUCCUCUCGUCUUUGUCCUCUCUGGUCCUGUACCUCCGUCGGCUGCAGCACUCGGCCUUCUUGUCCCUGUCUCGUCAGCUUCAGUCAGCCGAGGCCUGGCGCCUCCUUUGCCACUCCAGCCUGGCUCUCCUCAUCCUGUACAACCGGCGACGUGAGUGUGAGGUCUCCAAGCUGUCCAUCGCCGAGUAUCGCUCUCGCGUCACUCCCCAGUGCCCAGUUCCUGUCCCACCUGGAGCCCCUCCGGCUCUCACCCCAUUGGAGGCCUCCCUGUCUCCCUUCGAGCGCCUGGUGCUUCCUCACCUCCCCAGAGUCGGGGUCCAGGGUAAACGUGGACGUGUGCAGCCCCUCAUCCUCCCCCCUCACUGCGAGCCCUGCUUGGAGCUCCUCCUGCAGACACGGCAGGAUGUGGGAGUCGACCCCGCGAACCCGUACGUCUUCGCAAGGCCCUACCACUCCCCCGCCACACCCCUGCGAGGCACCGACCUCCUCCGCAGCCUGGCCCGCUCAAGCGGUACCCGCAAUCCCCGUGCCCUUACCCAGACGAGGGUCCGCCGGCAGGUAGCUAUACUGACCCAGCUGCUGCUACUGGGGGAAGGAGAGGAGCCCGGGCAGCCUGGAGGCAGCGCUGUGGAGAGGCUGGAGCACUUCCUGGAGAGGGAAUAUCACGUGACACAGAACUGUGCAGGAAUCGGCCAAGAUCCAGGGCUGAUGGGACGAGUAGGAAGAGUUGUGCUCUGUGGAGAGAGAGAUGGAGUGCUGUUCAGAGGAAUGAGCCUGAACCACAUCUGCCUGGAGCUGGAUGUCAUGUCAGGAAACUCUGCAGACUCGUACUCAGAGGGAGAGUCUGAAGGCGAGCAGGUGAAGGAGAAGACGGAGGCGCCCGCCCCGGCUCCCGCUCCGAUCCCUACGCCCACACUGCUGUACGUCAGGAAGGGCAAGAACAACGGGCGGGUGGGACGACCCAAGAAGCUCAAGAACACGCAGCCACCACUUCCGCCGCCUCCACCACCACCUGCAAACCGCAGGAGAGGCUCAGGAAAGCGAGGCGUCCUGAAGCGCCCCUGGUCAGAGGCCGAGCGCGCGGCGGUUGAGGAGCACCUGACCCAAAACAUCACCGAGCUCCGGGUCCCCGCCAAGGCCGACUGUGAGCGCUGCCUGCAGCAGUGCCCCCUGCUGGUCAGCAACCACCGCGACUGGCGAGCGAUCAAGUUCUACUGCCACAACCGCAUUCAGCUGCUGAAGAAAAACCAGCGGCGUGAAAGCGAGCCCCAGCCGCUCACCGUCUGCUGAGAGAGGGGAGGAGAAGGUGGUUAGGGUUGGAGGCAGAGAGGGUCAGAGACGGGGAAUGUCUGGUGUUGUGCAGCUGAGCUGAGCAGAUUCUCAAAUGGUACCCAGCUACCCAGGAAAUGCACUAAUUUUGAGACGAUGGUCCUAAAUUUCACUCCACUCUUCUGUUUUCGACAAGGCCUCUAAUUUGACACCUUUUUCUUUUUUUAAAUAUCGAGCCAUACAAGAACAGAAAUUCGAAUUAACUUCGUCGCUGCUCUUUCUUUUAAGGUCUUAAAAAAAACCCCACACUAGACUCUUCAUGGUGCUCCUGAUUUGACGGUUACACACAGUGCAAGUCUUGUCAAAAGCAGUGCGCUUGGACGGGUGCCGUUUGAGAGACAUGCCUUAGGGGGGUUGGGCGGGGGGACUUCAGAGACCACGGCGCCGGCCUCGGCCUGUGUCGUGUUGUAUAUGGACAUUUCAUUUCUUUCCUUCUGAAACACUAAACUGAAAUGUAAACAAGGGAGGCGAUCGAGCCCUACAGUGUUGUUAUAUGAACGUCGUGAAGUAGCAUUAGUGUUUCAUGCACUUGGAGACGUUAAUAGGACAAGUGGCCUGUGCUCGGGCCACACUUUUCGUAAUAGCGGCUAUAUAUAUAUAAAUAUAUAUAAUUAGAGUAGGUCUAACUACUGCUAACAUAGAAGAAUAGCCAGAACUUUCUUCAAACAAGCUAGUUCUUCUUUUUAAUACAGCUGACCGUGCAAUUCUGACAAUGGUUUCAUUAUAUUUGGACCUUGAUUUUUUUCCAUGUAAGGUACUAGAUGAUGAAUGAGUUACUCUUUUGCAGUUACUAUGAUGUUUUUGUUUUUUAAAUUAAAAUGAAACUCAGCAUCACGACGGAGAUUUUUCCAGAGUGAUGCAGAGUGGUUUCAUGAGAAGACAAUUAAAUGGCCUCAGAAUGUUGUAAAGUUACUUUUGGAUACCUAAGAUGUUUAGUUAAAACCACAAAGUCCAGAAACACAAGAACUGUUUUGAAGUCUGUUGCGUUGGAUGUCAACAGCCACCAUUUCCCUCCCCGAGGACCAGUACACUAUGUUCUCGUUUCCUAUUGUUCUUGUUUUUGUUUUUUUUCAGCCUGUUGCACAUUUGUCAUUCGAAAUAGUAAAACAAAUAAAAAAGGUGCUAUAGGCCAAUAAGCUGGAUAUCACUUUAUAUGUGGAGAGGAGAUUUCCCUUUGGUUGUUCUAACAGUUUCUUAAAAAAAAAAAAAACGGGCAUUUAUCAGAGAAGUGAUUGUUCUGUGUCACCACGUUUGUUGCAUUGUCUGUGUUGUUUUUCUACGGCUAGAGCUCCUGCUGUCCUUUCCCAAGCCACACUACACGGUUUGCAGCUCGACCAGAUUUUUUGGUUUCCUCGUCAGCGUUGCUGGAAAUCUGCGUCCUUCGGACUAAAAAUCUCCACGAAACCUCAAGACAGAUACUUGAAGUUAUUUAAACCUUUUUGCAGAAUCUUUUUAUGUUCUUUCUUGCUCUAGCCUUUUGCCAGUUACAUUGUACAUAACAAAUAUAUUAUCAUUAUGCUAACUGGUUGUUUGUGCUAGACUAUACAGUAUGUAGCUUUUUUUCCCCAUUUCAGUUAUUGCUAUCUGUACAUACGCCUGUUUGUAAAUAGUCCUCAGAGAAACAAAGAAAAAACACAAUGUAUGACAUGCCUUGGUUAUUGUGUUAUGUUUUUUCUUUUUUAUACGUCUUAUAAAAAUUUAAAGCUC